AUGGAUGAUAUUUGCCAAGAUCAUGCUGAUGCAAGUAUCGGCAACUGCUGCGACUAUUUCGUGCAUUUUGUGUAUGAAAAAAUUAUAGAAAACAAAUAUGAUGUCUUUAAUACCCGAUGGCCUUACAAAAAAACUCAGAAACUCAUUAUAAGUAAUAACUCCGUUAGCGGUAAAAAGCAUAAAUGUAAUGAAAAUUUCUUGACACUGUUAGAUGCGAACUUACUAAAAAUUAAGGAAGCGCUGUAUAACUUUUUACAACAUUAUGACAGUGUGCUAAAGCUAGGUCAGUCAAAAUCAGUAAGAGAUUAUAGCGAUGAAAUAAAGAAAUUCAGAAACAAAUUUUAUGCCAGGGAAAUUACGCUCCUUGAAAGUAAAUGUAAUGACACCUCUAAAAGGUCCACAUUCUUUAAAGAGUAUAAGCAUAAACACCUAUCCGACGAAGAACAAACAACAUAUAUGAAACAAAUUGAUGGCGAGAUUCUCAACAAACCGGUCAUAAACUAUGAUAUUUUUUAUGAAGAAGAUGUGUAUCAAGAAAUGGAACAAAUGGCUGAGAGAAGUGUAAAUUCCAUGCCUGGUAUUACUUAUCACUGUAAUAAAAUGAUAAAUGAUCCUAUUGAAAACGAUACUAAAUAUCUGGAAUAUAUAAAUUAUUGGUUAAACCACAAAUUAAAAAACUAUGAAAGAACUCCUGAAUACUUUAUACAAUUUCUUAAUGAACGUUUAGACAAAAGAUUUUCGGCAUUUGAUGAUUACAACAAAUUUAAGGAAAAGGUAUAUAAUAUGGACAACAAUAUUUACAGUGAAAUGAGCAUGCUGCAUAAUUUGUACCUUAAUUUUAAUAAAAUUAAUAACGAAAUCAUAAGCGAAAAGUUCACAAAAUUUUGGUCCACACAUAAUAACUGUUUUAAAAGUGAUCCCAAAGCUUGUAAACUUGACCAUUCACAAAAAUUGCCAAAAAUUAAAACGUUGGAAGAACAUGAAAGGGAGACGUUUUUGAAAGAAUCCUUACAAUCGUGUGAAUACUUAAGCUCCAACAAUUUAGACAUAUUUCCCCAAUCAAAUAAUAAUUAUGCAGAAAUCUUGAAAGAUUUGUCCGCGGAUAAAGCAAAGAAAAUCUUUGAACGUUAAAUGUUAACUUCUUCUGGUAGUAAUAACUUGACUAAAUUGCUUUGUGCGAAGCUUGAAAAGAAAUUAACCAGUUUAUCUGAUGUGCUCAAAUGUGUAACAUACCCAGAUGAUCAUUGCUCUUAUUUGACAUAUUGGACUUACGAUAAAAUUGUUAAAAUUAACGAAGUAAUAUAUCGUGUUAAUCAUGAACUGGAAAAACAGGGUAAAGGUUGCUUGUAUAAUCUGCACAGCAAUGUUGAUCACUGGAAAGAUAAGAAAGUUUUGCAUGACUAUUUUAUGGUUUUUGAAAACCUAAAAACGCAUUCAUCUUGUAAAAAAAAUAAUAGGAAAAAAUGUUGUGAUUAUGCUAAUCAUAUUAACGGACUAUAUAAAAAGUACAUAAAUGCCAUAACAACUGCGAUUAUUUUAAGUGUGAUCAGAGUUAUAAUCCGUACGAACUUUAUACAAAAUUUGAAUGUGACAAAUUAA